AUGAAUGAUUAUAAACCUGAAAAUGAAAACCCUAUAUUAUAUAACACAAACACUGAUGGAAAAAAGGAUACAAUAAACGAACAAGCAAUUAAGGACAAUAUAUAUCAUUCAAGUGAUUUGUGUGACUUACAUUACGAAGAAAAUGAAAUAAGUGUAGAUGAAAUUUUUGAUUUAUUAAAAGACAUCAAAGACCCUGAGUAUUCUUAUACAUUGGAAAAUUUAAAAAUAAUAGAAAAAAAAAAUAUUAGUAUAAAUCGUGAAGAGAAAACAGUUACUGUUUAUUUUACUCCAACAAUACCAAAUUGCUCCUUAGCAACACUUAUUGGAUUAAUGAUAAAUAUCAAAUUACAGUUUUCUUUACCAAAUAUAUUUAAAACUAAUAUAUAUGUAUACCCAGGCUCUCAUAAUUCUGAGCACUCCAUUAAUAAGCAAUUAAAUGAUAAAGAAAGGAUAGCAGCUGCCAUCGAAAAUACCCACUUAUUCAAUGUUAUAAAGUCAAGCAUAACAUAUAACCAUCCAGUUAUUAAUUUCUAG